AUGGCUAAUUACGAUGGAACAAAUGUAUCCUGCCUAGUAAAUGUUACCACAAGUCAAUUUAUGUUGGAUACAUUAAUGUCACGAUUAUGUUACCUUGAAGAGUCUGGCGAUGUACGAUGUGUAAACUAUGAUGAGACUAAUAAUCAGGUGGUGGCGUUUUUCCCUGUGGUGGAUGCGGUACAGUCUGAAAUGGCGAUAGGCAGCGAAAAAUUGUAUAUCGUGCAAAGAAAAGUUUCCACUUCAAAUAUUCUGUUGGUGACAGAGUAUAAACGAGAGACAAGCGGAAAUUUCACUGAAGUCAUCUCCUACAAUACAACGACAACUUUACGAUUCCGCGCUACCUCUCUGUACAAGAAGAAGUCUAAAGCAGUUACAAACGCAUGCGCUCAAAACAACGGUGGAUGCGAGCAUCUUUGCAUUUCUACCCCUCAAGGUGUUCCUCGUUGCCUUUGCGCUUAUGCUCUGCUACAGCCGAAUGGAUCCUGCAUAUCAAAACCAUCCUUUAUAUCGUAUUCGUAUGGUGGCGUCAUUGAUUUCGUUAGUAUAUCACCAAACACUACAGUACCCAGAAGAACGCUUAGAUAUCCAGAUAUUCCUAGGUAUUUUAGUAUUCCUGCAUAG